AUGGAAACGGUGCCAACACUCAAGCCCUGGGAGGGCACAGUGUUAAAGGCAUUAACAGGCGAGGACUUGCCAAAGCCAGAGACCUGCACCGUCUUCAACUCUGACGAGAAGGGAGACAGACUAUCCGCCGAGAGAAUCCUCAAGGAGUUCUCAGUGGGAAACAGAGGCCUGAACACAACCCUGUGGAAGUCCUGGGGCUCAGUCCCAAUGAACAAAGGCCAGCUCUGGACCCUCUCUAUGAACAAGCAGUCGCUAGAGGGCCUGGAAAAACUGGACAUGAGCCCUUCCUUCAGAUUUGGAAGGCUGAAGUUCAGGAGGAAGCGGGAAAAGAAGCUCGAGGACAAGGUCCAGCAUACCGCCGUAGGUCCUAAGUCCAGCACAUCAAAGGCCGACGCUACGGUACCGGAGGAGAAGAAACAGGAUUGCGAAACUAAGGAACCCUUCAACCAAAGAGGCACUAGUCCGCUGAAAAGACACACAGUCUACCAGCAGAAGGACAUUGCCAUGGAAGAAGAGGUGGUUAAAAUUGAAAGCCGCUGUAAAUUUCUUGAGAGAAAAUUAAGAAAGAAUAAUGUUAUAAUAUUUGGGAUCGUUGACAAAGAUGAAAAGCAAUUUCCAGAACAAGUGUUAAACACAUUAAACCAACACUUAGAAACGAAUUUCACCAAAUCAGAUAUAAACAAUGUAUACACUUUGGGCAAAACAACAAAUGCUCCCAUAAUCAUCGAGUUUAUAUCCUUCUUCAGAAAGCUUGAAAUUUUCCAAGAUAAAGAGAAGUUAAAAAACUUGAACAAGUUGGGCAUAUCAAUAUCAAAUGACUUAUUUGAAGAAGAUAGGAAUGAUGCAAGCAUUCUAAGGAAACAUCUUAAACAAGUUUUAGAACAGAAUAAAACCGCCAAAUUAAGAGGAUAUAAACUGGAAAUCGAGGGUAGACUAUACACGGCAAGAGAUUUUGAUGAAGAUACCGAAUAUGAAGAUGAAAGGGAUACUGAGGAAGAAGAAAGUGAUUGUGAUACAAUCGACAGUGAUACGAAGAAAAAUAAACCUGUGAAAUCAAAGACAUCCGAAGAAGAAAAAAAGAAAGAUAAGAGCAGUGUUAAGCGAAGACACGCAUCUUCUCCAAGUCCCAAGAGCUUCCAGUACAGAAAUACCAGGCAAAAAGAAAAAAGAAUAAAAAAAUAGGUAAUCACUUUGCUUUUAUUUAAUUAAAUAUACAUUAGGUUAGAUUUAUGAUUAGUUCUUAUAGUUAUUAUUUAUAUUAUGAUUUAAAAAAAAAAAAAAAAAAAUAUAUAUAUACUUAUUCUAAUGGUGUAUUAUCAAUUUAUAUGCAUACAUAAAUAUUUAAAAUUGUCAUCAUAAUUUUGAACGAAAAAUAGGCUGUGCCUAUUGUAUCGUAUAAGUUUGCUAUCAUAAUAUAUUAGGUUUAAGUUUCUGCACUAAAUUGUACAACGACUAUUAAAAAACACACACACACACAAUGAAUCCCUAUAUACAAAAUUUUGAAAUAGAUGAAGUUAAAAAUUUGUUCUUGAGUGAUGUGAGCGACGCUCAGAUCUUUCUAGAAAAGACAAAUAGACUGAAAUUAAUACAUAUGAAUAUUCGAAGCGCAGUAAAAAAUUUCGACGAGUUUUCAAUUUUUUUGGAACAAUUUAAUGGAGCAUUUGAUAUCAUUGUAUUAUCUGAAUCGUGGGAAGUACUGGAUAAGUCUUUGUUCAAUCUGGAAGGCUAUGAAGUGACACAUAAUAAUAUUUUUCCAAACAAAAGCGACGGAGUGCUUGUUUUUCUUUAAAAAAAUUUAAAUAGUCAAUAUUCAAUAGAAAAUAUUGGCAACUUAAAAGCUUUAAAAAUAGUUAUUCGAAUAAGAAACCGUAAAUAUGUUUUCACAAAUAUCUAUAGGUCCCCUUCAAGUGAUGCCGUCCAGUUUAUAGAAGAUUUAGACUCGUAUUUGAGAAAUUGCGAAAAUACGUAUUUUCAUGCAAUUUUGGGUGACAUAAACAUUAAUAUAAAAUAUAUGGGCGACGUUUCUGAAAGUUAUUUGAAUACACUUGGUUCACACGGAUAUAUUUCAUAUAUUAAUGAUUACACUCGGGUUCAUUUCAAUCAAAAAUUCUGCUUGGAUCACAUUUUUAUCAAAACACAAGAAAAAAACCAAAUUGAAUCUGCCAUUUACGAUUACACCCUUACAGACCAUUUUCCUAUUCUACUUUCAAUACCGUUACAACAAUCGGAAAUAUUAAAAAAAGUACCACAAGUAAACAAUAAAAUAUUUAUUAAUUAUAAUAAUUUAAAAAAGGAUCUAAGUACUGAAAACAAAUGGGAUGGAAUUUACAACACAACAGACAUAGAUAAAGCUACCGAAAUGUUCAUUCAAAAAAUUACACAAGCAAUCGAAAAUAAUACGCGAAUUAUUAAAAUUAAAAACAUCAAAAAAAAGGAUGGAUUACAAAAGCUCUUCUAAUAUUGAUUAAUAAAAAAAAUGAUUUAUACAAAAAAUGUAAACAAAACCCAAAGGACCUAAACCUAUAUCAAGAAUACAAGAAAUAUAAAAAUAAACUACUUGAUUUAAUUUAAAAAAAAUAAACAAAAUUUUUUCAAAAACAAAAUUAAAAAAAACAGUUCCUCUAAGGAUUUAUGGAAUAAUAUUAACCAAAUAUGCCAGAAUAAAAAUACUCAACACGAGAUAGAUGAAAUCAAAGUGAAUAAUAUUCAUAUUACCGACAAAAAAGAAAUGGCAAAUGAAUUUAAUAAACAUUAUAGCAACUUAGGUGAAACCUAUGCAAAACGAAUAAAAGAACCAACAAAUUUUAAAAAAAGUUUAACUUCUCAAAAUGUAUCUAAAUCAGUGUAUCUCUUUUCGACCAACAAAGAAGAGAUUAUUAAAAUUAUACAUAAUCUAAAAAUAAAAAAAGCUCCAGGGCACGAUAAGCUGAGAUCCGAAACGUUAAAAUUAAUUGCAAAUGAAAUAUCUUUACCACUAUCAUAUCUUAUAAAUAAAUCUUUAAGUAUGGGACACUUUUCACAAAUUUUAAAGCUUGGGAUAAUCAAACCAUUAUUUAAAAAAGGAGACAAGUUAGAC